GCAAAUUCUGCUUGCUCACUAAUCCCACCAUGUCCUCCAUUAGUGAUCAGGAAACUAUCUACACUCAUUCUACUAAAGCUCCUUUGAGGGAAUCAUGCCAUUUGGUAAGUUCAUUCAGUGUACCUAUAUAUCCUCGUCGACAUAUGAUAUCUAUGUACAGCAAAACCAGAUGAAUCAAGGUGAUGUAUCUGAUAGCGACAACCAAGUGCUAAAGGAGAGGCUAAAAGUAGCUGAAAAGAUGUUGAGACUCAGGGAGGAUCAGGUUAUAGCACGAGAGGAAGGUCUGACAACGAUAGAAGAGGGUCUGAGGCUGCGUAAAGAGGAUUUAAAGUUUCGGGAAGAGGAUUUGAACAUUCGAGAAGAAGAAUUGAAGGUACGAGAAGAUCGUUUACUCAUGCGAGAGCAGGAACUUGAAGAAAGGAGUCGUAGCGUAUGAAAGGUUUACACUCAGUGAAUUCAUCCUUGGCGCAAUUUCAUCUCAUGUCCUCUGCAGCGGCGAGCACAGUUCUAGAAACACAUGAUGCUUCGUCGAAUGCAUUGUCAACGACUGUGAACCACCUGAGGUUUACUCUGAUCUUUUCAUCUUGGAGAGCAAGCCGAUCGAAUCAAUGUCGCUCCUCAACAUACUACCGUUGAAGUGAGAACUGCAACAACCAACAUGAUAUCCACAGUACAUUUUAUUGUCAUCAC